AUUAACUCAAAACUAUACUGACUACGGGAUUCAGUCUUCUAGUCUUCCAACGUCGUACAUAGAGGGCGGACGACCGGCCCUUCUCGCCGGAUCUCCCUUCUCGGAAGUCGGAAAUCGCCCCGACGCCAGACCGUCCUCCGAAUAGCCCUCUAAACCUGGAGGAAAUGAGUAUUAAUUUAUUCUCUAAUUCGAGCUCUGACCAGGGAGCAUUACAGUAAAAAGAAGGUUUCCGGGAUUUGUAUCUGGGUUUAGGAAUUGCGGAUUGACAGAAAACUGGUAGAUUGAAGCAUAUGUUAGAUGGCUGUGACACUCUUUAGGGGGAUUCAAUUUUAUGCUCCUAAGCAAUACCCAUUCCCGAUUUUUUUUAGAAAAUGCACCUCUGUAUGCUUUACUUCGAAAAGUGCACAAAACCAGACUGGGGCACAGGAAAAGGAAGAGAUGCAAUCCAAAGGUAGACAAAAACCCCAUCCAAAACAGCUCGAUAACAUUUUCAAAGAUUUUGAAGCAAUCAUUGGGAUUGAAACCCACGUGCAGCUUUCAACUCUUACAAAGGCCUUUUGUGGCUGUCCUUACACUUAUGGAGCUUUUCCAAAUAGUAACAUUUGUCCCAUUUGUGUGGGUUUGCCUGGGGCUUUGCCAGUUUUAAAUUUGAAGGUUAUAGAGUCUGCUGUUAAGGUUAGUCUUGCACUGAACAGUAAGCUUUCGCUGAGGUCAAAGUUCGAUAGGAAGCAAUACUUUUAUCCAGACCUUCCAAAGGGAUACCAAAUUUCACAGUUUGAUAUGCCUAUUGCAACUGGAGGUUAUCUUGAUCUGGAAAUACCUGUUGAGUUUGGUGGUGGACAUAGGAGGUUCGGGAUUACAAGGGUUCACAUGGAAGAAGAUGCUGGGAAAUUGCUUCAUAUUGGUGACAUGAGUUAUACCCAGGUCGACUUGAACAGAGCAGGGGUGCCAUUACUUGAAAUUGUAUCUGAACCUGACAUGAGAACGGGUAUUGAAGCCGCAGAGUAUGCUGCUGAAUUACAACGAUUGGUCAGAUAUUUGGGAGUGAGUAACGGUAAUAUGCAAGAAGGAUCACUUCGUUGUGACGUCAAUAUCUCUGUUCGUCCUAUAGGGCAGAUCAAAUUUGGUACAAAGGUUGAAAUAAAGAACUUGAACUCGUUCUCAUCAAUGAGUAGGGCCAUUGAUUUUGAGAUUUCAAGACAGGUGCUUCUUCAUAACCAAGGCCAAGGUGAUCAGAUUGUACAAGAAACUCGUCUGUGGGAAGAAGGUGGUCAGAAGACAAUUACCAUGAGGAAAAAGGAAGGGCUUUCUGACUACCGAUAUUUCCCAGAGCCUGAUCUUCCUGGGGUCACUAUCACUGAAGAAUAUGUUCAUAGUAUAUCCAUGUCACUACCAGAACUUCCAGAAAUUAAAAGGCGGAGGUAUGAAAAGAUGGGAUUAAGCAUGCAGGAUGUCCUAUUCCUCAGUAAUGACGCUAGUGUUGCAGAGUUUUUUGAUGCAACAAUCGGUGGAGGUGCAGAUGUAAAGCUUGCUACUAAUUGGAUGAUGGGUGACAUAGCUGCAUACCUGAAAAAUGAAAAGAUGGCCAUCGGUGAUAUUAAACUUACCCCUCAUGAACUCGCUGAGCUCAUUUCUGCAAUUCAAGAGGGCACUAUCAGCGGGAAGAUUGCAAAAGAGAUAUUAUUUGAGAUAAUGGCCAAGGGUGGAACUGUGAAGGGGAUGAUAAAAGAAAAGGAUUUGGUUCAGAUUGUAGACCCUCAAGAGAUUGAGAAAAUGGUAGAUAAAGUGAUUGCUGACAGCCCAAAGCAGCUAGAGCAAUACCGUGGUGGCAAAACAAAGCUGCAAGGUUAUUUCGCUGGCCAGGUGAUGAAGGAAUCCAAAGGCAAGGCAAAUCCGAAUCUCCUGAACAAGAUCCUUCUGCAAAAGUUGAAUGCCAAAACCUAAUAUGCUUUGGCUGGGCACUUUCAUCCAGUUACUCCAGACUUCAAGAACUGUAAAUGAAGUGGCAGGAUGUGUACCUCUUGUAUUUCAUUUGUUGAAUCCAAAUUCAUGGAUCGACUAUUUCAGACGAUUCAAGAUACUCUACUGUCGUGCUGCUAGCUGCUAGUUCUAAGUAUGAAAAAUUGUAGCCAAUGCAAUGUCCGAUAUUCUUAGAAUAGAGUUUGUACUUUUUAUUUCGCGCACAUUUUGGGACAUUUAUUCAGGAUAAAUUAAUAAAAUUAAUGGUGCACAACGAAAACUUUGUGCAAACUAUACUACCCAAUAGUUACACCAAACUUUGUGAAGGCGUACAACGAAAACUACGUGUCAAUAGGCCGUAAAUAUGGCAGGAAGGAACUUGUUACUCGAACGGAAUGAGC